CGGGCUCAACGUGCAGCUGAUCCUCAGCCCCUGGCAGCCUCCGGAGAAAGAAACCACUCCUUGCCUUACCCGGGAGGUGCGCUCAGCCGGCAGCAGCCGCAGGUAAACGGGCUUCCCGGCAUCUCUCCUCCCCUGCCUCUCCCACCCGGCGCCCAUGGCCGAGGAGAAGACCUUUCGCUAUGGGUUCAUCAUGCUGGGUCUCUUCCUGGUGAUGACGGGGAUGUUCAUCAUGAGUGUGGAAAAACCCCAGAUCUACAUCACCUUCUGUGCCCUGGGCGUCCUGCUCGUAGCCGUGGGCAUCACCUGGAGCAUGUGCCAGUGCUACCCGAAGAUAACAUUCGUUCCUGUAGACCUCGAGGCCGAGCGGUUCCUGGACCACAAACCCAUUGUGCUGCCGGAGAGGGACACCCGCUUGAUUGUACCCUGUCCCAGCCAAGAGGCCACCAACACCUACGAGAAAAGCCUGCCCUCCUACGAGCAGAUCCAGAGGCAGGAGGUGGGCUCGGACCCGCUCCCACCCAUCGCCCAGCCCAGACCCCGCAGCUGCUCCCAGCUGGCCGUGCAGGCCAAAGCAGAGGUCCACCGGGAGCUGGGGGGUGCCGGAGACCCCCCCCAAGAGCCGGUGCCGCAGCUGGAAACGGCGGCAGGCAGCCCCCCCCGGCCACCCCCAAGCGAUGUGCCGCUGGCAUCCCUCCUGGAGGACAUGGACACGCCGUCGCUGGAGGGCUCCUUGCCCGGUAGCCCUGCGCCUCUGGGCCGGCCCCCACCAUCCACUGCCCGCUCCGGCUGCAUCCCGACCAGCUCCCCGGCGGGGGGAGAGCACCCCGUUUCCCCCCGCAAAGGCACCAGGGAGGAGAACGACCUCUAUUAUGGGCUCCAAGAGGGGCCGGACACUCUCCUCGAGGAUAGCGACUGCCUUUUUGAGCCUGAAAACUGAUUUCCCGGAGAGAACGGCCACUUGGCAUGGACCCAUCUCGCGGAGGGGACACAGACAUUGCAGCCGGGAAGAGAGGGGCUGAGGCUGCCCCCCGAAAGCGCAGCGCCUGCAGCGUGGAGGAGCCCUCCCCGUGCCCACCCAGCCGCUCGGGAGGCUGCCAUCCCACAAAAUGCGAGGGGAGCACCGCCACCUCCCGAAUUUUCACAGCAGAGGGGACAAGGUCACUCUCGUCGGAGUCCUUUGGGUGGGCGCAGACGAGUGCGAAUGCCGGGCUGGGCAGGAUCCGGGAUAAAUAAUGUGCUUAGGAAGGGAAAAGAAGAUUAGCUUUGCCGCUUGAAAGAGGAUCAGCAUGUAGGUGGGUAAAGAUGUAUUCACCCCAGGUAGGCUUUAUGGGGAGGCAUGUCCAUAAAGCCUUUUUUCCACUUAUUAAAGCCCCCCCAGGAAUUAAAAUUAGAUCCUGAGAUUCCAUCAGCAGGCAGCCUUCAUGCCUCCAGGUUGGAAAAAGGGUGAUGGAGGGGACGGACCGUGCUGUCCCCCAUCUCCUGCACGAGGAGCCGCUUCCAGCCGGCGGGGGCAGAGGGAGGAGGACUUGGCUGAGCCAAAACCCCUGUGACGGCUGUGGCUUCCCAAAAGCUGCUCGAGGCGGUGGCUUUGGGCAACAUUUUUUCUCUCUCCGCUUGGUCGGUGUCAUCAGCUGUGACGCUGUGGGUGGCUUUGCGUGCCGGCGCCCGCUGUUCCCCAAAUUCCCUCUGAAUAAUAAGCGUUUGUUUCAAAGUCACGCUGAUGGAGCUGAGCCUGGUUUGUCACCGCGACAGGGGCAACGCAGCGGUUUUCCACAGCCUGUUUGCAACACGCAGCGACAGGAGCUGUGACCUCCGCCUGCCCUUCGGCUGCUCGGGGAAUCCGGGGGGAUGUGCGUGGCUGAGCCCCCCCAGGGGCAGCUGG